UUGUCCCUCUGUCUUUCUCUAUGUCUUGUCUCUCUCUCUCUCUGUUGUGACAUGUGAGAUCUUUAAAAUGGCGGCCACGAGGAAAGUGCUUCAACAUGUGUGUUGUCCGUUGCUGCGGAAUCAGCCGAAAGUUGUCUUCAACCAAGUCCGAUGGCUCAACUUACAAGAAUACCAAAGCAAAAUGUUAAUGGCCGACUAUGGCAUUAACGUACAAAAGAACUGUGUUGCUGACACUGCUAAGAAUUCUAGUUCUUUAGCCAAGAGUCUCAAUUGUAAAGAAUAUGUUGUGAAAGCUCAGAUAUUGGCUGGUGGCCGUGGUAAAGGUGUCUUUCAACCAAAUGGCUUUAAAGGAGGUGUCCAUUUAACAAAAGAUUUAAACAAAGUUGAGGAAUUGGUUGGGAAAAUGUUAGGUAAUAACUUGAUCACCAAACAAACAUCAACAUCAGGUGUAAAAGUUACUAAGGUGAUGAUUGCUGAAGCUUUGGAUAUUUCUCGUGAGGCCUACCUAGCAAUCCUGAUGGACAGAAAAUACGGAGGACCUGUGAUAGUCGGUAGCCCCUGUGGUGGCAUGGACAUUGAAGAGGUUGCUGCCAAAUCACCCGAAGCCAUUUUUACGGAACCAAUCGAUAUCUUUACUGGGAUUUCUAAGGAACAGGCUCUCAAGAUGGCUUCCAACCUUGGCUUCAAAAGUAAUUUGCAUGAAGAAGCUGCCAAUCAAAUCUGCUGUUUGUACAACCUGUUUCAAAAUGUCGAUGCAACCCAAGUAGAGGUGAACCCUUUUGGGGAAACUCAUGACGGCAAAGUUGUUUGUUUUGAUGCUAAGAUCAGUUUCGAUGAUAAUGCUGUAUUCCGCCAGAAGUCCAUAUUUGCUAUGGAAGACACAACUGAACAAGAUCCGAGAGAGGUCGAAGCUGCUAAAUUUAACUUAAACUAUAUCGGCAUGGAUGGCAACAUUGCCUGUCUUGUAAAUGGUGCUGGGUUGGCAAUGGCAACCAUGGAUAUAAUUAAGCUGUAUGGUGGAGAACCAGCAAAUUUUCUGGAUUGUGGUGGUACUGUUACAGAGAAGCAAGUCUUUGAAGCAUUUAAGCUGUUAACUGAAGAUUCACAAGUGAAAGCAAUUCUUGUGAACAUCUUUGGAGGGAUUGUAAACUGUGCUACCAUUGCCAAUGGUAUAACUAAUGCUUGUAAGAGUAUGAAAUUUGACCUUCCUCUUGUUGUACGACUUGAAGGUACCAAUGUAGUUGAGGCUAAAAGAAUUUUGAAGGAAAGCAAGUUACCUAUUGUUUCGGCCGAAAACCUAGACGAUGCUGCCCAGAAGGCUGUCAAGUCUUUGUCCUUAUAAAAAGAAUUUAGUCACGAAAGGGUCACCUUUAGUUGUUCUUUCGUUGCUGCCUUUGCAGCAACGUUCAAAAUCCAUGAACAUUCCACCUGAUUAUAUAUUUUCUCUCACUUCCUCUCUCUCUCUCUCUCUCUCUCUCUCUCUCUACAGUAAUUUUACUGCUGACAUGUUACGUAUUGAAACACACACACACACACACACAUGCUGCAUUAUUGACUCUUUUCUAAAGAUUUUGGGACUAAAUGUAAAUUGGCAGACACAGCAAACAACCGGAUUAAAUGUCUCCUAGUCUUUAAUCUUGUAUCUUUGUAUUCAGGCCCUGUCAUCAGGAAGUUUUUAAUUCAAACCUUUUGGUAUCAGCGAUAUAUUGGUGUCAACUAUAUCUGCUCCCUUACAAUAAAAAAAGAAAAAAAAAAAGACCUCGUUAUUAACUGAUGUUUCAUUAGUUAGAAGUCUUCAAGUACAAUGAUAUAUUUUAUUUCAUAUUUUGUUGCUUCCAUUCUUGUGGGUCGUUAACUGGUGUGGAGACUGGUGGUGGUGGUGAUGAGGGGUCUGUUUUUUGAUGAUAAGUUCUAGGAAAACUUAGGUCUGUGAUUCAUUUUCCUUUCACAAAAGAAAUUUUCAUCACUUAUGUGGUAGAUUUCUUUGUAAAUGGCACAAACAUUGCAUAUUUCCUGUUUCCACUGCUGUGUAAAUUCCGUAUAAAAUAUAGAAUUUACUUUUUGAAAGAAAUAUUUCUUUUUUUAUCUACUUUAUUGAAACAAAUGCAAUUUUUAUCGAAGCAUUUUUUUUAUUAGCUUAUUUUGCCAAAAAAAAACAAAC